CCACCGAAAUCGACCCAAAAAUUGUCGCGUUCCCGCUGUGGAUUCUGAUUCUGUUGCUGCUUCCGUGUCGCCUGAGUAAAUUGUGGAACCAGCGAAGCGAGGAGUCCAGCUCAAUAAUUAAUAAUCGGCUGUGAUCAGAAUAAACGUGUGGAUACAUUUCUGCUGAAGGUUGAAUAACAAAUUACAUAAAGAGUUAUCAGAUUGAGAGUUGAAUCUCUGACUAUUUUAAUUGAUUAUAAAAUAUAUACCCUGCGAAAAUGGUAGAGAAGGCAUCGCUGGCACAACUGAAGAGUCUGAAAUGGGGACGUAUCUUCAAUAUGUUCUAUGUAGAGCCCGUCGUGUUUAUGCUGAUCUUCUCGCACAUGUUGUCAGGAACAAUCAUGCGCAAUCAGCUGAUCUACCAGACCUGCACAGUGACCUUUCGAUACAACGAGACGGACUGUAAGCUUUUGGAUAGCAAAAACGCCUCAACAGAGAUACAAGCCAUCGAAACAGAGCUGCAAUCGUACGUGGCCAACAUGUUCCUAAUCCGCACCCUCUUCGAGAGCAUUGUUCCUGCAAUCUGUGGACUCUUUAUAGGCUCCUGGUCGGAUCACUACGGACGCAAGCCCCUGCUGAUAGUAUCCAUGAUUGGCUUUUCUGCCUCUUCCCUCAUCUCAUCGACUAUUUGCUGGAUGUCCAGCUACUAUAUGGUCAAUCCGUGGUGGUACACUCUGGCCGCAGUGCCGCACUCCUUGCUUGGGGGCAUGUGCGUGUUUUCGGUGGCCGCCUCUUGCUUCAUAUCGGACACAUCGGAUAUUAAAACGAGGCCCUAUAGAAUGAUGUUCAUGGAGCUGGUUAUGUUUGUGGCCCUCACUAGCGGUUCGCUCCUCUCCAGCUUUGUCUAUGCCGCCACCAGUGCUGCCUUCGUGCAGAGUCUCUCCUGUUUGAUGCUCGUCUUGACCACACUCUUCGUAAUUUUCUAUUUGCCCGAGAGCCUGAGCAUGCGGCAGGAUGAUGAGGAUGUCCCAGAGAAACAAAAGGAUGCGGCUGUGACCAUCACCAUCUCUGACCAGCAGCUGAACGUAUCCGAGAAGGCUGAUAAACCACCCGAGAAGCCCCAGGACCAAGGGGAGAGCGAACCUGGUUUAUUCAGUCUGAAACACGUCAAGGAUAUGUUCAGUACCUGCUUCAAGCGGAGGGAGAAUAAUGCCCAUACCAUCAUUUGGCUGGUGACGUUGGCUGGCUGUGUCUCCAUCUUUGUGGGCGAUGGCGUUAUGACUGUGAUGUAUCUGUAUGUGCGUCAACAGUUUCACCUGACUGUUCGCGAGUACACCAUCUUUGAGACAGUCAGUCAAUCGGUGCCUCUAAUAGGAGUUCUCUUAGGCUUUCUUAUUUUUAAAAAGAUCUUUGGUCUAUCUGUGGUUGCAUUGGCCCUACUCUCUGACAUCUCGGAGAUCCUCAGCAGUCUGGCCAAGGGCUUUGCUUUCCUGCCCUGGCACUUAUAUCUGUCGGUGGUUCUCGGAGUCUUUCGCUCCAUUCAGGGCCCCAUGUGUCGCACCAUAAUCUCCAAUAUAGUUCCAGCCUCUGACACGGGUAAACUUUUUGCAAUUGGCAACAUUGUUCAAUCGGUGGCACCCUUUGUGGCCGCACCCCUGUACACGGCUAUCUACAAGGGCUCCCUGGCCAGCAAUCCGGGUGGAUUCAACUUCCUCAGCGCGGCGCUCAACAUGAUAUCGUUUAUUCUGAUUGGCUGUGUGCUGAAAAUUAAGUUCAAGCACAGAAAGUUCUAUGCCGAGAUGCUGAAGUAGUCCCAGUAAACCGAAUGCCCGCCCAUCAAUAUUGAUUGAGGCAUUUUGAGGCACAUAGGGAAUACCGAACCGACAAUCACAUCAUGUGGCAGGGGCAGGUGAUGCAUUUAUAGACUCAAGAUCCAAAAUGCAAACUAAAUAGUAGGGUUCAAGUGUCCUAUUUGACAUC